CGUGAUGUUCGGCUCUGCGUGCAUGACCGUGGCGGCCAUCAACUUCUCGCUGCUGUUGCCCUUGUACCUGCAGCGCCACCUCCACCUCUCGCUGUCGGAUACGGCGCUCUGCCUCACCGUGACGGCCGCUGGCGACUUCGUGUCCAGGAUCACGGUGCCUUCUUUCACAGACCGCUUCAAGAUCAGGCCGCGCCUUACGUUCUUCGUGGGCGCCAUCUUCUGUACAAUCACCCGCUCAGUGAUAGCCACGUCCUCUAGCACGGUGGCGCUCUAUGUGUGGAACACUCUGGCUGGAUUCUCCCGAGGCGCCGCCAUCAUCAACAUUAACCUGUGUGUUGCCCAGGUGUGCCCCGACCACAAGCUUCCAGCCGCCGUAGGCCUUAACAUGGUGACAAGCGGUGUCUUCCUGUUCACUGUUGGACCCGCUAUAGGUUAUGUUCGUGACGCGACAGGAGACUACCCUCUGUGUAUUCACCUCCUGACUGUGUUGCUUCUCGUCGCCAUGGCAUCUUGGCUCAUAGAGGGCGCCGUGAAUUGGUUCCGCCGAAAGAGAUGAUUCAGGGCUUCAGUUAACGACGAAGAGUAACUGGACGGAGAACAAUGAUGUCUCUCUACAUCUGAAGAGGAAACUUAUAUUUGAAGCAUCAUUGCACAUCUGUAAGCUUCUUCGUGAAAUCUCAUAGAGAAAUUAAGUUACAAACUGUGUGUUAAUUUCAUCUUUAUUCGUGUUACCGUUCUGACAGAAAUCAACAGUGCUAACAUCUCAGUAUCUACGAUGGGACGUCAUAUGGAACAUAUGGUAAGUUAACCACGUACAUAACGACGUCUUGCUGAG